AGUUUCUGGAGAGCCACGGCAAGGAGGGGACAGCCGGGGUACGCACCCAGUGCAGUGGCCUGGCGAUAAUUGUGGUCUCGCUUCCACGGUAGUAUAUAUCUCGCCUGGGCGUUUAACACCUACUCCACAUUUUUCACAGGCGGCGCACGGCGUCAUGUCGUCCAAGACCAAGCGCAAGUACGUGUACCAGGAGCACCUGGGCGCCGCGCCGACGCCCAGCGGCGGCCAGACGAUCGGGCGCGUGCUGCAGGCGCGCGGCAACAACCUGCACCAGGUGGAGGACGCGGCCGGCCACGUCUACCUGGCCAGCAUGCCGCCCAAGUUCCGGCGCAACAUCUGGGUGCGGCGCGGCACCUUCCUGCUGCUGGAGCCCAUCGCCGAGGGCGACAAGGUGCGCGCCGAGGUGGCGCACGUUCUGUCGCGCGAGCACGUGACCGAGCUGCGUCACGCCGGCGUCUGGCCGGCCCGCUUCGCCGAGCGGGAGGCGGCGGCGACCGGUGACGUCGCGGCGGCGACGGAGGACAUGGAGCGGCUCGGCCUCGGGGGCAACCCCAACCGGCCGCCACCGCCGCCGCCGGAGUCGGACGACUCGGACGACUCGGACGACUCGAACGACUCGAACGACUCGAACGACUCGGACGGCUCCGACGACGCGGAGUCGGAGUCGGACGGCGACGCUGACCGCAGCAGCAGCGAGAGCGGCUCGUGACGCGGGCGGUACGGGCUGAAGCGCCGCUCGUGCGCCUGCAUUGCGAGGGAGCCGUGCCAGCGGCUCUGCCCCGGGUUGGGUUAGCGUGACACUGCCCCGGGGACGGCGCAGGGGCAGGCUGCCGCCGGACGACCCCGCCGCACGGAACAGACCGUGCUGGGGACGCCGGUGACCCGUGGGGGGG